UGGAGCUAAUAAGAAAAUCAGGCAAUCGCCAACUAAUCUCUCUACUCUCUCUCUGUCAAUUUUGUACAGCUACAAGAUCGCAUUUUGGAGAAUCUUAUUUUGUCUUUUUUUCCUGCAGCUGUCUCUCUCUCCCCCAAUGUUUGCUUGAAAGAGAGAGAGAGAGAGAGUCAACCAUGGGCGUUUGUUGUCCUAUUCUCCGACCCUGGGAUCGAACCCGAGACAGCUAUCUCGAUAACAUCCCUUGCCUCUCUGAUCCUGUUCGAAGAUCUUCUCUGUUUAUGAAACUGGGACUAGUAGCUCUACACCUCGUCUUCAUCGGCUUCCUCUUCGUUUGCGAUGGUGAAUUCAUCGAGAAAACUAAGCGAGAUCCAUGGUACAUGGCUUCUUACUUGUUGUUGUUCUCUGUCACGCUUCUUCAGUACUUUGUGACUUCUGGCUCUUCACCUGGGUAUGUUAUUGAUGCAAUGAGGGAGGUUUGCGGGACUGAUGCUAUCUACAGAAACACACCGACGACCUCAAUACAACAACAUGGUUCCAGAAAAAAUGGGAGCUUUGUUAUUAAUGUGGAAGGAGAAUCAGCUUCUUCAGGUGGUGGUAGAAGGACUCCAUCUUCCUCCUGGGGGAAGCUGGUUCUUGACUUGUACCCUCCUGGAACAUCCUUAAGAAAUUUGACUUGCGGCUAUUGUCAUGUGGAGCAGCCACCGCGAGCCAAGCAUUGUCAUGAUUGUGAUCGAUGUGUUCUUCAGUUUGAUCAUCACUGUGUUUGGCUGGGAACAUGUGUAGGCCAGAAAAACCAUUGUAAAUUCUGGUGGUACAUAUGUGAAGAGAGUGCUCUAUGCAUCUGGACACUCAUCAUGUACAUUGACUACCUUACUAACGUAGCCAAGCCUUGGUGGAAGAAUGCAAUCACCAUACUACUCCUUGUCGUAUUGGUGAUCUCCAUGAUAUUUGUGCUGCUUCUAUUGCUUUUUCACAGCUACCUCAUUCUAACGAAUCAAAGCACCUAUGAACUUGUGAGACGAAAACGUAUUCCCUACAUGAGGAAUAUUCCGGAACGAGUGCAUCCAUUUAGCAGAGGCAUUAAGAGGAAUCUACACAACGUCUGUUGCGGUAACCAUACUCUAGACUCAUUGCCCACUGCAUUCGAACUCGAGGAUAGAGCAAGACCCUACACUUGCUUAGAUAUGUUGAAAUGUCGUUGUUGCUAAGUUUCUUUUGUUUAGUUAGACAACAACUACCUAUAUUGUUUUACUCUAUGAAGGUUAACAUGUUUCAUCAAAAAAUAUGAGUGAAGUUGUAUACAUUCACAAUGAGAAUCUAGUGAAUGGAGUUCUAAUUAAAAUCAUA